AUGGUCUCUCGCAUCCGUAUUGGAGGUGCUCCCGAUGGCCAGUACGGCCUUCUGGAAGAUGGGACAGCAGACACUGUCAUCCAGCAGGUUGCUGAUAUUCAGUCCGCUAUUUCCAUGGGUGCGGAAUCGUUCCUGACCACGGAGUACAAGUAUUUGGCCGUCUUCAUGAGCGGCUUCUCCGUGAUCAUCUUUCUCUUCCUUGGAUCCGUCGACAGCUUCGACAAGCAGGGCAUUGCCAAUGCUGGUUUCAGCACUUUGGCAUUUAUCCUCGGAGCUCUGACAUCGACGGGUUCUGGAUACCUCGGCAUGAAGAUUGCUACUUAUGCCAACGCGAGGACCACCAUGGAAGCUAGAAAGGGAAUCCCUGCAGCAUUCGUGGCUGCUUUCCGCGCUGGAUCGGUCAUGGGCUUCCUCCUGUCUGCAAACGGACUGUUGGUCUUAUUCCUGACCAUUCUCGCAUACAGGAAGUAUUACGGCGAUGACUGGGCUGGGCUGUACGAGUCCAUCACAGGUUACGGUCUUGGUGGCUCAUCUGUGGCCCUGUUUGGUCGUGUUGGUGGUGGUAUUUACACCAAGGCUGCUGAUGUUGGUGCGGAUCUCGUGGGCAAGGUUGAGAGGAACAUUCCCGAGGACGAUCCCAGGAACCCUGCUGUGAUUGCGGACAACGUGGGAGACAAUGUGGGUGACAUUGCUGGCAUGGGUUCUGACCUGUUCGGUUCUUUUGCCGAGUCGACCUGCGCGGCCCUUGUGAUCUCGGCUCUUUCUCAGCCCGGGAAGGACCAUGAUUUCUCCGCCAUGUGCUUCCCUCUUCUGGUCAGCGGUGCCGGUAUUCUCGUGUGCCUGAUCACCACGAUUAUCGCAACCGAUAUCCAGCAAGUGAAGGAGAAGGCUGAGAUUGAGCCGGCAUUGAAGAAGCAGCUGGUGAUCUCCACUGUGCUGAUGACACCCGUGAUCUUCCUCGUUGCGUUCUACGCUCUUCCGCCUACCUUCAAGAUCACUGUCGUCGGUCAGGGCGACAAGGUUGUCCAGAACUGGUUCGCAUUCGCGUGCGUCGCAUCUGGGCUUUGGGCUGGUCUCCUCAUCGGUUUCGUCACCGAGUACUUCACGAGCAAUGCCUACGUGCCUGUUCAAGACGUUGCUGACUCUUGCCGUACUGGUGCGGCCACUAACAUCAUCUUUGGCCUUGCACUUGGCUACAAGUCGGUUAUCAUUCCGGUGUUCGCCAUUGCUGCGGCGAUCUACGUGAGCUUCCAGUUCGCUGGCAUGUACGGCAUUGCCCUGGCUGCUCUUGGCAUGCUGAGCACUCUUGCAACUGGUCUGGCGAUUGAUGCCUAUGGGCCAAUCAGUGACAAUGCUGGUGGUAUUGCUGAGAUGGCGGGCAUGGGUGAGGAGAUCCGUGAGCGCACUGAUGCCCUCGAUGCUGCUGGAAACACCACUGCAGCUAUUGGCAAGGGCUUUGCCAUUGGUUCUGCUGCUCUUGUGUCCCUUGCUCUGUUUGGAGCUUAUGUGAGCCGGGCCAAGAUCAAUGUUGUCAACGUGACUGAGCCUCAGGCCUUUGUUGGGCUCCUUGUUGGUGCUAUGCUGCCCUACUGGUUCUCUGCCAUGACCAUGAAGAGUGUGGGCAAGGCUGCCCUUGCAAUGGUGGAGGAGGUUCGUCGCCAGUUCAACACCAUGCCUGGCCUGAUGGAAGGAACCACGAAGCCGGACUACAAGAAGUGUGUGGAGAUCUCGACUGCUGCUUCUCUGCGUGAGAUGAUUCCUCCUGGCGCGCUUGUGAUGCUGAGCCCUGUGAUUGCGGGAACCCUGUUUGGAACCACCACCCUGGCUGGCAUGCUUGCGGGUGCACUUGUGUCUGGCGUCCAGAUUGCCAUUUCUGCGUCCAACACUGGAGGUGCAUGGGACAAUGCCAAGAAGUACAUUGAGGCUGGCAACUCCGCUCAUGCCAAGAGCCUUGGACCCAAGGGCUCUGAUCCCCACAAGGCUGCAGUUAUUGGUGACACUGUUGGUGAUCCCCUGAAGGACACUUCCGGCCCGUCCCUGAACAUUCUGAUCAAGCUGAUGGCUGUGGAGUCACUGGUGUUUGCUCCCUUCUUUGCCACUCAUGGUGGUAUCAUCUGGGGUGGCAAGUAG